AUGCGACGUCCCACAGCUGAUUUCUGUUAUUAAACCCCGCUCUGACGUUUGAACGCGCGAGUCGCUCGAAAAAUCCUAAAAAUCGGCCUAAAAUAACUGAAAAGCGCCGUGAAAUAUAGUCUAAACAGUGCCAGAGGUCGAUUAGAAUCAAACCUGUUGAAAAUAGAGCAUGAUAGAUAUGUCUCUGGAGGAAGAAUUGCCAGAAGAGUUUAGGGGCGGGACUUUGCGCAUAAAUAAAAGUGGAGAGCAACAGUCUGCAGGCUCAUCAGGUCUGAGGGAGAAUUACCGUGAAAAUAAGGGAGGUUUCAGCAAGACGGACAGCACGAGCAGCAAUACCAGUUGCUAUUGGGGCGGAUUGCCACUGCCCUUAACGUCGAUAUCCACCAGAAUUUCUGAAACUUUAUGGAGUUCUAAAACAAAAGAUAUCACACCCGUUCAAGACAAGCCUAUAAUUCAAACGCACACGAUACAACCCAGAAUCACCGUGGACCAAGACGCGAAAAAGUUUUUCACAUAUCGUGAUGGCGUAGCCGACAGGGCCGCUACAGAGUGCGCCGAAGAAUUUCUGGACAUGGAAACGGAAGGACCAGUUAUCGGAUCAUUUUUACUCACCCAGAUUAAUCAUUGGGAUACUGACAAAGAACGUCUUAUACUCCUAACGCCAAAGAUUCUACUAGUUGUAAAAUACGACUUCAUCGCACUAAAAAGAUUAAGUUACAAGAAACUGCCUCUAGAAGAUAUAGAAGCCAUCAUCAUCGGCGAUUUGGUCUACCCAAACGGUUCCUUAAUACCCAAAAUAAACGGAUUGGCAGACGGGAUUUCGAGCAUGCUGGAAAAUUGCUUUUUUAAGCUCUCAUCUAACGACAAUCAGCAAAUUCAAUCAUUUUCAUCCCCCACUAGGGAUAGAAAUAUGAAAGGAAUACGAAUAUUGUUUGGUAAAGGAAGACCUAUAAAACUAUCUUCAAAAUGGAAUCCGUUUACUGAAGAUUUGCCUAUAUGGACAUUUACAUAUCAUCCAUUGUUUUUUCAUAAGGAUUGUACUGACGAAAACCUACGAAAACUGUACGACCUAGAAAACUUCAUCGAACAUUUCUGCAAGACAAUCAUCGACUUCGGCAAAACCUACGAAUCUCGCAUCCUCCAUUCCAACAUUUUGCUGGAAAACUACAUCGGCUUCGGCGCCAUCAUUCACAAUCGCCACGACUUGGGCUACUUCAAGGUGAGAGGCAAAUUCAGCUUCUGAAUCAGGCUUACCUCUUUACAAUCUGAAUGUGAUAUUUAUUUGGUCAAUUAUUACGUGCGCUGGUGUCACUUUAUAUAUUCCUAGAUAUAUGAAUAAAUAUGAAGUAUAUAAUAUAUAUUUACCUGAAUUUUGUACGUGAUUACAGAAUACGAAACUUGAUCUAAAGUUUCUAUUAAAAAUAUUCUUAUACUUUGAUAUCAGUACAUUGCUGUUUCAUCUUUAAAACUAUUCAAUAGAGAGAUAAGAGCCCGUCAAAUAUAAGAUGAUGAACGUAUUUGGUAGAAAUGAAGUACUAAAAUACUCUAGACAAUCUAGACAGGCACAGCGUUGCCGGCCAAGUUUAAAAAACCAUUUACAUACGUAUUUUAUAUAUCAAGUAAGUCUUAAAAAUUUACCUAUUAUCGCCAUACAGAUGGCUUCACAUUCAACUGUACAAAAAAAGGAGAAUAGCUCUGCCAAACGUUCUUGACACUGUUGAGAGAAGGUCAUAACCAUGACUAAGGUCCACCAUGGCAAAGUUAAAUAAAAUAUGAAAGGAUAUCUUUGUCUUAAAGGACAUUAUUGCUUAAUAACAUGGAAUUUUUGAAUAUGUGGAUAUUAUCAAACUUGAUCCGCUAGAGAUGAGUGUAGAGGAGGCACUUCAAAACGCCAUUGACUUUAACUCGGUCUUGAUCGAUCAUUGGCUGUUCAUAAAACAAAGAAGUCGAUGGAUUGGAUUUCGGUUCCUGUUUGAUCCCUCACUCGGAGGCCUUGGGCCCAUUGCAAUACUCCUGGAUGAUUGUACUAAACCUUUCUCUCAUUCUUUCUUUGCGUUAAAGCACUUCCAGCUCUUUGCAAAGUUCCCGAUGUCGCUGAUGUUGGCUUCUGCAGCUUCCUCUAGUCCCUCCUAAAAUCGUGCGCUAAAGUUUAAAGCAACGGUUUUCCAGUGCUGGAAAAUGGCAUAGCAGGUGCUCUACGGUUUCUUCUUCCUUUCCGCAUACUCUGCAGUAGUCGUAGGAAAUCUUCCAUCUCACAAGUUUUACCCCCGUGGAGCAGUUUCCAGUGACGACACCUACAAUUAUGGGUACUAGGUUCUUUUUGUGAUCUAGUAGCUGUUUUGUCUAUUUGCUAUCUACCACAGUCUUCGAGCUGUAGGGCAGUCCUCACGGUGUUGUCAUGUCUCUUGCUGGUUGGCUUUGAUAGUAGUUCCUGUAGCUUCCUUCAGUGUGUUGAUCGUCACAAGUGGUGAGUUAUCUACCACGGCCUCUCCCCUAGUUGCGUCUAUGGCUAGUCUGUCCGCUCAUGGUUCUCCACCACACUGGUCUAGCACCCCGCCUUGACGCAGCCAGGACAGUGCUUCUCGGCAGUCCAUCACAGAUUUUGAUCUCAUUGAUUGCAUGGUGAUGCUUUUUAAAGCGUCCAAGCUGUCAGGUAUCUCCUAUUGAUUAAGUUAGGACUUAGCACUUUUUUAUCAGCGAUUAUCUCUCGUAUAUAACUGGUUGCUUCCUCAGUUCCAGUGUACUUAUUAGAGAUAAAUAUGUAUGAUUAGUCUACGUUUUGUGGUGGUAGUGUAUAAGGGUAUGUACAACAACGAACACUUAAAACAACACACUGUGGGCAUGUACUUAGAGAAAAGAUGACAAAUGUGAAAAACUCAUUGUAAAGUGGAAGAGAAAAAAUACUAUGUUUUAUAAAACCUUGGCUUGGUCAAGUAAAACAAUUUUCUGGAACAUCAAUGCAGGAAAAAAUAAGAUGAAUUGUGAAUAAAGACCCCCCAGUUUAGAAAAAUCACUGAUAACAUAAGAACAAGAUUAAGAUCAAGCCUAUUAAAGAUAUGAAGUAAUAAGUUUAGACAGAAUAUAGAUUUUUCUCUCGAUUACUUAAUACUUUCACAGCAAUGAUCUGAGAGAGGAUCUGAGAAAGUCUAUAGACAUCUCUUUAAAUGCGAAAAUUAACAAGAAAGAAAACUAUUAUAUAUACGACCAGCAGAUACUUGUUUACUGCGAAUCAAAAGAUAACAUUGCAUCGAGACAUUCGCAUAUCACCUUGUAUUUGACGGACUGUAUCUAUACAUAUCAAUGACCAGUCUUAUGUAAAAUAGAUAUAUGUAUCUAGAAAAUAUACAUAAUUGAAAAAUAUAUUCUUCUAUAGGUCUUAUCAGGUUGAAUUAGAAAGAAUAUAAAAGAUAAGAUGAUUUUUAACUGAGAUAGUUUGAAAAGAUAGAUAUAAAAUACUAAAUUACAUGUCAACACGUUCUUGAGAGAUCUCUAAAAAUAUUACUUUAUACAACUACUUUAUACAAAGAAUGUUUUUAUGAAAUUUUUAAACAAGAGCAAUUGACUACUAUAUGAAUGACUUUGGAUUUCCAAUACGUUCAUUUUUAAUAGUUUUAGUACAACGUUUCGAUUUGUAAAAAUGUGUUUAGAGUCAUAUAAAUGAUUACUCGAUUGUUGCCAUACUAAUACUGAUUUAUUCUACCUUCGUAUAAUAAAAAUUCAUAAUGUUCGAUGGAUUAUUGCUAUGGUUGUAUAACUACAAAAUUCAGUCUUGUACCUAGACUGCAAAGGCACACACUGCAAAGGUUACACUGCAAAGAAUAAUUCUAGAUUUUGAAGCUAUCGAAAUGAUAUGAUUCUCAAAUACAAGGUAACGAAAGUCCAAAGUCAUAAUUUAUUAGUGAAUCAUUAUACAGUCGAUCAUUUCUAUACAGUCGCUCUAUUUAUCGAAAUAAAAAUAUUUAUCUAAAUAGAGCAUCAACUAAUCAGCUUAGGGAGGCAAUGGCAAAGCACUUGCCUAUAUUUCACUAGUAAAAUCUCCCAAUAAGCGUCGUUUGUAUUCGAGGAUGUAAUUUAGACCCCGUGUACUUGUGAAAAGCUGAUGACAUACAUGACAAGUACGUGCUAGAAGUUAACUAACUGUUAUUUAGUUUACUAUAAGAAGUAUUAAAGUAUUAUACAUACUUUAGAACUAUGAACAAAUGAUAUUUAUGGGAACAUAAAAACAUUAUCAGCCGAACUCUAUAUUUAAAAGUCCAAAAAACAAAUACAAAAAACAAACAAAAAAGUCGUAUUCUGUAAUGACCUUUAGACCUCCUACCGUUGAUUGAAAGAAUUCGGAAGAUACGCAACCUAAUGGGCGAAUUCGUGACAAGGCUGAUGUGAUUUCCCCUUACGUCUCAAAUGGUGUACGGUGGAGCUACCAAUCGUUCUGUAGCCAACGCAUAAUACACUUAUUUUCUCUUUCUCUUCAGUGAAGACAUUAUAUAUACUGAAUAUUUCGUAUAAUCGUUUAAUUGUUGACUUGGAAAUGACGAUUAUUGACAUUUACCAUAAUAUUUUACAUAUGAAAUAACAGCCAUCUUCAUUUUCAUCCCAACUCUGACGCCAUUCUUUUUUUAAUCAUAUAUUAUAUUAAAUUUUUUAAUGUUAGAAAAUCCGUAUUAUUAACGUACUGUACCAAAAACUUGUAAAUCUAAGGAUUAAUCCGUAGUUCUGGCAACACCGUCUCCGGCAACCACUCACUCUCUCGACUGAAAUCAGAACUACGGUACUACUAGUAUUCUUGAUAUGGUGCGCUGUAAACGACAUCAGUGCGCAGCGGCGCGGCGCAGAGCUAAGCUAAAUCUCGGACAGGCUGAGGGUCCCGCCAGCUACAUCUCGGACAUGUUUUGUGCCACGAAAUCGCCCGUAAGGUCGCGCAUCUUCUUAUUUCUUCAACCAACAAUCCCAUGAUUACUAUAAUAAAUGUUAAGUGGUGUGUGUAAAUAUAUAAUUGAUGUGGCCUAUAUUUAUCUGAUGUGCAUGCAAAUGCAGCUGCCUAUUUUGUGUGUAGUUUAGAGCAGUGUCAUAACAUAUAUACAGGGUGACAAAAACACAUGUGUGUUUUGUAAUAUGCAUAUACCUAUAGAAUUCAAAGCCAUGGAUUCGAGAAUAAAAUUAUUUUUCUUAUGAAAAUGGACUAAUGAAGUCACAGGAAGCAUACUUUGCCUAAAUAUAAGUAUCAGUUCUUGAGAAUAUUUUAUUACCUGAUUUCCUGUGUUCUGAUUAUUAUUUAUUUUUUAACUUCAAAUUAUAAAACUAGAAUUGCAAAAAAGAGGUUAAAAAAGAAAUAUAUAAAGAAAGAAUUAAAAUAGAAAUAAAAGACAAAUGUAAUAUUUUGAUUAUGUAAUUUGUUAUCUUCAUGUAAGCACUCAAUAA